AUGCCACGAGCUGGUGCCGCUUGCUUGACCUGCCGGCAAAAGUGCCGGAAGUGUGACCGUGGCCGUCCGAGUUGCCAACGAUGUGUCUCGAAAGGUUUAGUAUGUGGAGGAUACCCAGAACGGUUCAGAUUCUGCGGAAUUGCUAGUCGAGGUAAAUGGAAGGGUGCUCGGAUACCGACCAACAGUAGAAUCCCUACCGGAGGUCGAUCAGGAAUAAGCGAUGCUGCUUUGGAUACCCCGGUGCCACCGACCCAGGAAGUUACAGAGACUCCUCCCCCCAACAUGGAAAGUGAUCAGGCUUGUUCAGCCAAUCUGAGUGGUAGCACAAAGACCACGGCACAGGGAAUAAAUGUUUCUGAAAAGCCAGCUGAAGCUCACAGUCGGCCGCUGCUAAAGCUUCCAGACGAUGUAACCACGCUUCUCGAUUCGCCCGACACAUCUAGGCUGUUAAGCCAUUAUGAUGAGAUUAUUUGCCCACAUCAGAUAGCUGAGGUUGGGGAUGACGCAGAGAACCCUUACCGAGCAUAUAUUCUUCCGCUGGCGCGCAAGAAAAUCGGGUUAUUGUACGCUGUUCUUGGGCUUUCUGCUUCCCACCUCGGGCGGGUGAUUGGUGAUGAGUUCCUACACGAAGCCACCGCGGUUGAAUACCGUAUGAAAGCCAUACGUGCCCUGAGCGAAGAAAUCCGUAAGAGCCAAAGAACAUCUUUGCUCGAAGACGAACAAGAUACUGUCUUAGCGAUAAUACAGGUCCUGUUGCUUCAUGAUAUUUCUGAAUCAGGGGUAUCGAGUCAUGGCAUUCACAUCACAGGUGCCAUGUCCGUCUGUAAACAGCUGUUGAUCGCCGAGGGGCUACAUGGCCGACGCCAGCGGGCCAUGUUCUUCCUCGGUAACCUGGCUUGGCUUGACAUAAUUCGAGCAUCUGCUGGCCCCGAGAGAAUGUGCUUUUCUCAGGAUAUUCGUGAGCUAGUUGCUUGCGCCAGCGAUAGAAAGUUCGAAUUGGUAAAUGGGUGCCCGAGAGAAGUCUUUCUGGUCAUCGGCGCAGCACUGGAAAAGGCAAAGGAACAUACACUAGGCUGGCUUACUUGGGAUGAGUAUCAAAUCGCCCUGCUCCUAGCAAAGCACAAGCUCUAUGCAUGGGAUCCAAAACGAAGAGAGUACCCUAGUCAUGAUCCUCUCUGGCUAUUCAUAGCGGAGGCUUUCCAGUUUGCAUGUAUCUUGCGUAUUCUUCGGCUGCUAGACCCGUCGAAGCCAGCUAGCAGCUCUGAUAUACAAGAGUGUGUUCGAAAGAUUCUCGACGCGACGGCGAUCAUCACUCCGGAAUGCUCGUUACUGGAGAUCCUUGUCUUCCCACUCUUUAUGGCAGGAUCCGACUGUAUCUCGCGUCAUUCACAGUAUUAUGUCCUUACGAGACUGCGCGAAGUUGAGCGGAGAUCGGAGUUUCGCAAUCCGGUCCCUGCUGAUAUUUUAAGAAAGGUUUGGGAUGCUCGUGCGGCUCAGGCCGAAGAUGAUUAUACGAAUAUCUCAUGGACGGCAUUUACACACUCCCCCGGACUGGCACGACAGCAUGACUACCUAAUCAUAUGA